AUAAAAAUACACUCCCUGUAGCGUGUAAUGUAUGCACCGUUUACCGUUUUUCAUGGUUUGACAUUUUUAUGGGCGCACCGUGAAAACUUUGGUUCCCAUUUCAAAAUGUCUCAUAAUAGCAAAUCGUAUCGCAAAAAACUCAACAAAAAGCAACGGAUGGAUGCAAAAAAAUAGAUGUGCUGUUUAAAUAGAAAUCAUUGGCUUCACAACUAAAUGUGCCUGGCACUUCAAGUGAAAUGCAACAUGAAGAAACCCCCGCAGAAACCACAAUCAUGACAAAUGAUUCAGCCGAUGUUCAAAUGUUUUCGGACUCAGUCUCUUCUUCAACUUCAAACUCGGUAUUUGAAUCUUAAGUUUUCUUUUUAAGAUUAAAAGAAUAAUUCAUUUGUGUAGCGUCAAUAUUCAUUUAAAAAUGACAGUUCAUAUAACCAAGUAUGGACUCGGGCUACUAAAAAUUUAAAUUUAAAUUUUAUGUAUGAAAUGUAGCUUGGGCAGCACAAAAUACACAAAAUUUUUAAUACACCCAAAUAUUGCCAAAAUGCACUUAGAAUUAAUAUUUAAUAUAGAAAAAUGCUGUUUUAAUUAUGAAUUGCAAUUAAAUGCUGUUUUAAUUAUGAAUUACAAUAAAUACCUCAUAUACAUUUUCAUUCUGGGGAAUCCAAAUACAGUAUACCCCAUGAAAGCUCAGCUUUAUCAAAGUUUUAAAAAAAUAAUACGAUCGGAUACUUGUAUGAAAUUUCAACAAAAUUAUAUAACUUUUCAUAUUUUAUGUGAUGUCAAUAAAAAAAAAUUUUUGAAAAAUUUUAAUUGGGGUCACAUUAAUGAUUUUUUUAUCCACUGUGUUCCCUGUCGUUUAGUUAUGUCUUCCUUAUUUUUGUUUAGGAAGAAGAAAUAAGUGAAUCCUACUCUGUUAUAGUUCCAGACAACAGAAAGUUUGACACCACAAAAUAUGAGAGAGCACAUCCUUGGCUAUAUUAAAGUGCAUCAAAAUCUGAUUAUUGUUGCAAGUAUUGUGAGUUUUACUUCCGUAAUCCAGUUAUAGACCAUGCAUAUGUUGCACGUGGUGUUUUUUUAGGUCAACAUCCAGGGCGAAAAAUUAGAUAUCAUGAAAAUUCAGAGAACCAUAUCAAAGCAACUGCCAAAUAUUUUGCACCAAAACAGACUGUUUUGGAUCAGGUCAAACAACAAGCAUCUAAAAGUAAAUGUGAAAAAGAUCUUUCUGCUUCCAACUACAUCAAAGUACUGUUCAGAAGUGCCUAUUUUUUGACAAGAAAACGUUGGGCUGUAUGUGAAAAUUUGGAAGAUUUCAUGAAAAACUUCUUGGGAAAGGACUUACAAAUGGAUGCAGUUAGAACACACUUAGAGUUAAAUCCAAAUAUAGCUUACACUUCUCCAUCUUCAGUACAGGAAAUAUUGGAAUCUCUUUCUUCAGUUUUUGAAAAUGACAUUUUACAAGCAUUAAGGUCCUCAGCUUGCUGUGCAGAUGAGCAGAUGAGUCAACAGAUGAGGGUAACAGAAAUCAGUUUGCCAUUGUUGCCAAGUUUCUUUAUGAGAGAAAAGUGCAAGAUGUCUUCUUAGGUUUAGUUCAUGUCACAUCUGCUACUGCAGAAAAUCUGAUGACAGCCAUUCAAGGAUUCUUACUGGCCAAAGAUGUGCCAUUAGAAAAAGCGGUCCUGGUUGGUUUUGAUGGAUGUAACACAAUGAGUGGAGAAAACAAAGGCCUUCAACGAAGAUUCAGACAUAUAGUCCCACACUGACUUUACAUACACUGCAGAAAUCACAGGUUGGCGUUAUGUGUAAAACAUCUGGUAAAAAAUUAUCCUGUCCUACAAGUACUAGAUGAAUUACUUAUUGCGAUUUGGAAGCUGUUUACAUAUUCACCACAGAGAUUUGCAGUAUUCCAGCAGGUGCAGGAAACAUAUAACCUCACCCAGUUGACUUUUAUUAAGGCUGUAUCUACAAGAUGGCUCUCACAUGGACGUGCAUGCCAGAGGCUACUUGACAGAUUUGAACAAAUUCUUGAAGUAUACGGUCUGCGACAAAUGUUGGCAAACAAGAAAUUAAUUGCUGCCGCUGCUGUUCUAUGUGACAUGUUGGCACCUCUGUGUACUUUUAGUGAUUACCUGCAGGGAGAUGUUUACUUUACACUAGUGAAUGAGAAAGUGUCAGCACUGGUAGACAAACUGCAUAGUCUUGUUCACAGAUUUAAAAGAGUUGGUCAGGGUGAGGCUGACAUUGGCCUUAAGUUUUCUAAAGUUGAGAGUUUCUGGGAAGAAAUUGAUGAUAGAACAGACUUGUCAAGACGCCUAAGGGGUCCUCCAUCUGUAACAAUCCACCAGUUUGCAGAAGAGUUUGCGGUACCUAUUGUAUACUCUUUGAUUGGUGAGGUUGAAGAUGCUUUUCAUUGCUCUGAAGUGCUACAAUCUUUUUCUGUAUUCAACAUGAAGAAUGUGCCAGACAGUAUAGCAGAUGUUAUCAAUAUUUUUGGACAGGUAAGAUUGAUAAAUUAUUUAAAUUAAUUUAAGUUAAAUUAAUUGUAAAUUCUACCUCUUGUUUAAAUUAUCAUUUCUAUAUAUAAAUUGUAUUUAAAAUAUUUCUUUUAAAGUUUAGUAUUCUUAUUAUGAACAGUCUUUAAAAGUCUUCUCAGUUAAUUAUUUCUAGGAUUUGAUCAUCAAAUUAUGAAAUGUAAGUAUUGCAAUACACUGCUGGUUCUUUUUAUUAUACAUUGUCUGUAUGUACUGCUUUAAGAUGCCCAUUAGACAAUUAGCAAACCAUUAUGGUAACAUCAAGGAAGACACCUUUAAUGGACACAGAAAUGUUGCAAACCCUGUCUAUACAAAUGCUCAAAUUAUGUGCGAGUUUGAAGCCUUCAAGCAUAAGAUGAGAUCCAUAAAGUAAAGAUUAUGAGUUAAAGUUGUGUUAAAGUGCACAGUGUCUGUUUUGAAAUUUCCUAUUUUGUUGACAUUUUUAACUGAAUGUUAUAUGACGUUCACUUGUUCAGUUGUGUCUUUUAACAGUACUUUUUAUACCAUGUAAUUGUUACUCACUUAUAUUUUUCUACAUCUACUGGCCUUUAAUUUUUCUUUUUAUAAAA